AUGAGCCCCUCCGCCAUCGCCGCCGCUCAGGAUGUCGGCCCGUUGACGGUUGAUGGAAUCGCUGGUCUGCGUGCAAAGAGCGCGCCAAUCCCCACGGGUAUUGCGCCUGCGACGAACAGUGAUAUGUUCAAGAGCCCCGCCUGCUAUACCAAGCCGAAAGCCAAGCGGUGGGAUCACUACAUCUCCGAAGAAUCCAAGUCGCGAAAGACGUCCACGUUGAAGGGUGCUGCACAAUAUUUGAAGACUCCAGGUCUCAUUUCCUUGGGUGGUGGUCUGCCCUCGCCGGAAUACUUCCCAUUCGAAGAGAUCAGCUUCAAGGUCCCUACACCACCAGGGUUCUCUCCUCAGGCGACCCGGGAAUUCGGCGCCGUUUUGACCGCCAAGAAGGGGGAUGUUCGAGAGGGAAAGAGUCUGUACGAUCUUGAGGUUGCUCUCAACUAUGGCCAGUCAACCGGCUCUCCUCAGCUGCUGAGAUUUGUAACAGAGCACACUGAGCUCAUUCACAACCCCCCAUAUUCCGAUUGGCAAUGUUGCUUGAACGCCGGUAGCACCUUCGGGUGGGAUGCUACCCUCCGAAUGCUCUGCAACCGAGGCGAUUAUAUUUUGAUGGAGGAAUACACCUUCUCCAGCGCAAAGGAGACUGUGCUUCCACAAGGCGUCAAAGUCGCGUCGGUCAAGAUGGACCAGGAGGGUCUUCUGCCUGAAUCUCUUGACGAGAUUCUGAGUAACUGGGAUGAAGCUGCUCGUGGUGGCUGCAAGCCCUUUGUGCUGUACACUAUUCCUACUGGACAGAACCCUACAGGUGCCACUCAGCAGCUCGAGAGACGCAAGGCUAUUUACAAGGUCGCACAGAAGCACGACCUGUUGAUCGUGGAAGACGAGCCGUACUACUUCCUGCAGAUGCAGCCUUACACCGGGCCCGACCACGAACCCGUCCCUCCUCCCGCCACCCACGAGGAGUUUCUCAAGUCUCUAAUCCCCUCUUAUUUGAGUCUGGACGUCGAUGGACGUGUUGUGCGUCUUGAGUCCUUCUCCAAGGUCCUGUCUCCUGGUUCGCGAACCGGUUGGAUUGUCGGCCCUGCACAGCUUGUCGAGCGCUUCAUGCGGAAUUGCGAAACAUCCGCGCAGCACCCCAGCGGUAUCUCACAGAUUGUUCUUUUCAAGCUUCUCGACGAGCACUGGGGCCACGGUGGCUAUCUGGACUGGUUGAUCGAUCUGCGCAUGCAGUACACCAGUCGCAGAGACUCUAUCGUCAAUGCCUGCGCGAAAUAUCUCCCCAAGGAGAUUGCCAAGUGGAAUCCUCCCGCCGCAGGAAUGUUUCACUGGAUCGAGAUCGACUGGCAGAAGCACCCCAGCGUCGCCUCUGGCAAGACUCGCGAGGAGAUCGAGGAAGCUGUCUUCCAUGCCGCUAUCAGUAAUGGCGUUCUGGUCUCGCGUGGUAGCUGGUUCACGGCGGCUGGCCGCAAUGAGGGCAACAUGUUCUUCCGCGCCACAUUUGCAGCCGCCAGCUCUGAGAACAUUGCAGAGGCCAUUUCUCGAUUUGCCUCUGCUCUGAAGACCGAGUUCUCCCUGUAG